GGACCCGGCCAGGCGCCGAGUGCGAGGUCCCAGGCCGGGGAGCGGAGCGGGAGGUCCCCCGUUCGGUUUGAGGUCCCACUCAGAAAACCCAAACAAUAGUGAGGACCCCGCCUCUGUGCUUCACCUUGUCCCCGGGAGAGUAGGGGUUCGCCCUAGUAUUCGCCUUCUUUCCGUUUCCACCGCCCUCCGGAGUCCGUCCCGGAGCAGGGCCCGAGCUAAGAGAGCAGCGGCAGGAGGGGGCAGCAGGAUGAACGUGGGCACGGCACACAGCGAGGUGAACCCUAACACACGGGUGAUGAACAGCCGCGGCAUCUGGCUCUCCUACGUGCUGGCCAUCGGCCUUCUCCACGUCGUGCUGCUCAGCAUCCCCUUCGUGAGCGUCCCUGUCGUCUGGACCCUCACCAACCUCAUCCACAACAUGGGCAUGUACAUCUUUCUACACACGGUGAAGGGGACACCCUUCGAGACCCCGGACCAGGGCAAGGCAAGAUUGCUAACCCACUGGGAGCAGAUGGACUACGGGGUUCAGUUCACAGCGUCUCGGAAGUUCUUGACCAUCACACCCAUUGUGCUGUACUUUCUCACCAGCUUCUAUACCAAGUACGACCAGAUCCAUUUCAUCCUCAACACUGUGUCUUUGAUGAGCGUGCUCAUCCCCAAGCUGCCCCAGCUCCAUGGAGUCCGGAUUUUUGGAAUCAAUAAGUACUGAGGACACAGCCUCUUUCCCUGUCCAGGUGGCAGGAGCGGAGUAGAGUCUGUGCGGUGUUGCUGAAGACAGAGGAGCCUCUGGAUACGGCCAGAGAUGGGGGUUGAGCCUCUGGGCCCUAAUUUCCCCCCUCACUUCCCCCAGUAGCCGACUUGAAGUAGCUUGUAGCGGGGUUGGGGUGGGACCUCCCCCCCCACUUCUCAUCCCCCAGACUCUGACCCUUCUGAUUUUUAAAAAAUCUUUUUCUUUUGCCUUUUGGAUAGAGACUCCGAGGGGGUGGUCAUGGCAUGAGCUGGGCUCCAGGCUGAGCACAGACCUGUGAGCUUGGAACAAGAGGCCAGGGAAACCCCCUGCUCACUUGCUCAUUCUCAGACCGCUGAAGCACUUUAACCCCCAUGAGGGUACGGUACAGCUUCUAGAUUGUUUCACUUUAGUUCUCAAGUUUUUAGGAUGACUCGCAGUGUGUGCUUGUAUUUAUGAAAGCCAGUGGGUGAUGGUGCCUAAUCCCUCUGGUCGAGUGCGUCUAAUCAAAGCCUCAUGCUUCUGUCAGCUCCCCUGCAACCCACCCUGGGUAGUGGGUGGGAGUGGGGAGGGUAAGGAGAGGGAUGGUGGGGCUGGGCACGGACAGCCUGGUCCCAGAGGUGAGGGGGCCAGGGCUGCUGCCAUCCUGCCCUGGUGGAGGCGGGGAGGGGUAGGAGAAGGGGUGGGCAUGCUGAGUUGAGAUUCAGAAAAAGGGGGUCACAUAGCAGCAGAGAUUGGUGGGAGGGAAGGAGGGUGGGGACAGAAGCUAGACAACGUCAUUUGGGAAGUGGUCAGAGGGGGGCAAGCUCGGAGAGUCAAUGUACCCAGGGCAUGAGGGUGGUAGUAGGAAGGGAGACUGCUGUGGGUUUGAAGCUCCUGGGUUGGUGUGAUGGGGUGGAGAUGAGUGUAGGAGGCUUAUAAGUCGUUAUAAGCACAGGUCUGGUUUGACACUGCCUUCUGCAGUAUUGUGAGGGGCGUGGGGAAACGGACAGAAAUGAUGAAUGUGCGGUCCUUCACCUCACAGCCUCUCUGUGUAGACGUGCGCUGGGGCAGGGCCUCUCGUGUGACAGGCACAUGUGGGGCUAUUGAGGCCAACCCGGAGGGGUCAGUGGGCUGCCGAGUCCUGCCUGGGCCCUGCUGGCGCAGGGCAGGGAAGGAGCGAGGAGUGGCAGGCGCUGUCUCCUCACCCUGAGGGGAAGAGAGGUGGGCAGGAGCCUGAGCGUGGCUGGGAGGAGCCGCCUUCUCCCCCCCAAUCUCACUAGGGUCUGUGUUACUUUUGAAAAGGUGUGGGCGCCUGUUCCCCCUCCCAGGGCCCUGAGGGACGAGGGGAGGUCAUUGGCUCUGUUUCCUGCCUCUUGGUCCCCCACCCCCCACCCAUGUAUCAUAGGGACUUUCACCUCAAAAUCUUUCUAAGCAAAGUGUGAAUAGGAUUUUUACUCCCUUUGUACAGUAUUCUGAGAAACGCAAAUAAAGGACAAUGUGUUCCUGA